ACCAGCAUUCGCAUUUGAUCGGUGACAGUGAAUGUUAUUUGUUUUUACUGUUAUCAAUUAAAAAAGUUAAAUAAAAACAUACUGAGUAAAAGUAGGUGGAUAUAAUGUUGUCAAACUAAGCGCGUUGCCUCCUACCAGUUUAGAUGAGCUGAUCUCGAGGAAAACAAGCCCCAUUGAAAGCAAAUGCGCUUUGUCGAGACGAAAUAAGCCAGGCUGCAAGAGAAAUCACCACACCAGUCUGCUCUGGUUGCUGAUGAAUUCAGCGACAUUUUCACAUGUUUAACGUUGGUUUUCCUGUGGAGGUGGAUCAAACUGGGUACUGUUUCGAGACAAAAAAACACCAGAACAGCCCUUUCUUAGCAAAAUGAAGAACGAGACGCUGGACGACGACUCGGAUAUCUACACGUUCAUCUGCAAGCUGCGCCAAGAAAAGCUCUUCAUUAAAAGCGAAAAACUCGACAUUCAAGAGCUGAACGAGCUGAUCCGAGCCAAAACCCAAACAGUCAUCAAGGCGUCUUGGCUGACCAACAAGCAGAAGUUGUUGCUGUUUGAGCGACGAGUCUCCAGCCAGAACUGUCGGCGUUUUGACUUUGUUCGCAACUCCGAGUUUGUUGAGGCGAAGAAUACUUUGGGGUUCCAGAACUCCGUGAAAAUUUCCAAUCUGCUUCACAUCCUGCGCUCCCAGCCCAAGCAGCUGGCAAACUGGCUCAUUACAGGCGAAGCUGUUAAGGAUGACGCUGUCCAACACCCGUUGCUUCUGCAAAGCUUGCUCAAUGGCCUCUAUGGCGGGUGUGUGUUUGCCGACGACACCAAACUGUUACUAACUUUGCUGUUUGAGCUGGCAAAAAAGCAGCUUCUGAAGAGCGACAACCCGCGAAGGAUAAUCAAGCAAAGAUCCUGUUCCUUCAGGCAUCUGUACUUCCUGUUCCAUGAAAUCUACCAGCCGGCCAAGUUCUUCCUCAGCGCUGCCCUGGAGAUGCCCAUUUUGGAGCUGUUGUCCUUUUCGGAUUAUUUCCUGGACAUCGACCAUGAUAAGACUAUAAUGAGAUUCAGACAGGAUGAGAAUCUGAAAGUUUACAAAGACGCUGUCGAGUAUCGCAACGAUGUUGCGUCUAAACUGGCGCAGUUUACUAACAGCUUCGUCCAGUCGCUCCUGGAAAAUGUUUGCAGCUUUCCCAGGGCUUUGGCCUGGAUAGCAUUCCAUAUCUACAAGAUGAUUGAGAAUAAUUAUUGUGCUAAAGAGGCCAACUCAAUAAUCACCGAAUUGCUGUUCACCCUCUUCAUUUGCCCGGUGAUUGUCGAUCCGGAACAGUACGGAAUCGCCAAUGCAGUCACCAGCGAAAUGGUGCGGCACAAUCUGAUCCAGGUGGGGAAAAUCAUGCAGAUUCUGGCGCUGUACAAGUUCGAGGGCAUCGACAAGAAGUACCUGGAUAUCUUCGAAAAUGUCGACAAAAACAGCAUGAGCAACUUUGUGGAAUUGCUCUUUUUCGACAUGGAUUCGAGCGAUCCGCCAGUGGACACCAGCCCUGAGGUUGUGCGCGACAUCAUGCUGUUCACUGAAGAGGAGUUGAACAACUUGGUGUAUUUUUUGCAAAAAGUCCAAAUGAUCAGAGUGCAGAACGACAACUUUGAAAAAAACCCUUCUCUGAGCGUUUCCAUUGAAGAGCACCUGUCUUCGCUUGCCAUUUCCAGGGAAAACUCGCCUCAAACAUCGCGACCAAACGGCGAUUUGAGCGAGUUCAGCCCGGCGAAGAAACCGCCGUUUUUCUCCUUAGGAUCUUUAGGCACGCAAAAAGCUGGUCAAUCAACCAAUCGGCGCUCCCCAGACAGUGAGGAGAAAUCGGCAAAAAACUUUGUAAUCGUUUUCCCGAUCGAUGGAGUAAGCACUGAGCCAGUGGGGCUUUUGCCGGAAGACAAAGUGAUCGAUCUGAGCGUGCCGUUGAAGAGCGAUAGCGGCGUUUUUGUGGCCGUUUCCGAUAUGGAACUCGGCAAGGAAAACAUCUUGGAUACCAACGGAACGUCUAAUAGCAACGACCUGAAGGACGGUUACUCUGGAUAUGCCGAUGAAGGGUCCAUAGGCAACACCUCCGAUAAUCUGGAGGCUAUUUCGGAGGCAGCCAGUAAUCAUUCGGUGGCCAGCAGCCUGGAGCUAGAGAAUGAGGAUCAGAACGACAAUCUGUCCGACAUGGUGUCUGCCAAUGUUUCCGGGCGAGGCACUCCCAAUAUCAGCGGAAGAGACACACCGAGCAGCCAGGUAAACGAAAACGACGACCGUCCACACACAGACAAUCAGCGCGCGGAAGACCAUGUGGAUGCAGGGGCGCAGCCCCAGCAGCAGCAGCAACAGCCGCCCAACAUAUCGCGGCAACGCCGCUCGGAAAUCGACGACAAAUUCUGCAAGUUCGAAAUCAAACGGCUGCUCGAAGGUGAUGAGACUGUUUCGAUUAUUUCCGAGACCUGGAGCACGGACGUACUGGCUUCGGACAACGAAACCAUUGGGGAAAGUGAGUCCAGGCUGGAGCGCCAGCAGCACUUGCACUUAGUGGAUCAGGCGAUUCAAGAGGUGGACAUAUCGGAGACGCAAAGCGAAAGCGCCUGGUCCACUGAUGUGAUGGCUUCUGAUACCGAGCGGCUCAUUGAUGUGGAUAAUGAUGACACGGCUAGUGUGGCUCAGUCGGACGAUACCAACAGUGUGGCCCGCUCAGAUGAUACUCGCUCAGAAACAGACGAAGUCGCAAGCGCGCGCCGCCUGAGCUCCUGCUCCGGCUCUUAUGGGGGGAUACUCAUGAACACCUCAACCGCUUGCACGAACUUCGUUACUGUUAGCGUAAACAGCCCCAGCUAUGUGCCGGCAGGCAACAACGUGUUGGUAUCGCAAUCAAGUGCGACCGGAAUAAACGUGAAGUCGCUGCGCGACUCCAACUUUGUAACCAUUAACCAGAACUACGUGAGCAGUGCAUCUUUCCAGGAGUUCAAGAAACGCGACGGCCGCUUGAACGGGAAAAUCAACACGGAAGUCGACCGCAAUGCCAACAAUGUCUUCAAGCCGAUUGCCCAGCACGGAGUAGCGCAGAGCACUCAAACCACGGUUUCGUUCAGCAGCGUCACGACAAAUUCCGUAGGCGGGGCCGCCAAUAAACAGGGAAAUCAGAAAUCCGCCGACAACAAUCAGAUGCCCGGCCCGAGCGGCUUCAACGGCAAGGACUUUGAGGGCGAGCCGUCGAUCAAAAACUCCAUCAUGAAGAAAUACGGCGAUCGCCCCACAGAAAUUCUUCUGAGCAAUUGCAGCCUCAACUCAAGCUCAAGCGGCAGUUCAAGCAACAGCUUUGAGAACAACAAGGUUUCCUCAACCAACGACAAUUCCGAGCAGUGGGAGCCGAAGCCCUGGUUGACCAGCUCCGGAAGUAGCUUGAACGUCACUUUGACUCCUUCGGAAAGCACCAGCGAGCUGUCGGUUUUAAGCGUAAACAGCCACUUGACUGCCAGCGUGGUUAAUCCAGCGGUUCGGAAAACCACCAUGGUGCUGAACCGCAGCUUGAAACCUUCCGCUUCCACUGGCGCCAUUCCGAAGAGCAUCAGCUUCGAUAUGAGCGUCAACAAGGGGCUGGAUGAUGAUUCGAGCAGAUCAAAGCGAGGCGGUUUUUUCGGGCGGCUGAGAAAAGGGUUCGGCUACAAGAAGCGCUCGUUUAGGAACCAGGAAGACCUGCGGAAUGGGGAUGAGGAUUUCUUGGUGAAACAGGCCAUUGGAGAUUCCCCAAUUAGGCUGAACAACAGUGCCUCAGAUAGCUCAGAUGAUAUUCUGGCCAAGUACCGCAAACCUUCAGCGGAAAGCAGCCCGGUGAAGGAGAACGGCCACUCGAAAAAAUCGAGCAAAGUGCUUAAAAGCGACAAUCUCAACCAGGAAGCGAACUCGUUCACCGAUGUGAAGAAAAAGCUGCGCUUGGUGCUGGGGAACACUUCGGAAAUUCCGUAUUUUAUCAAGCAGAAUCCCUGCAGCAUGAAGAUCAAGCUCGAAACGAUUCUGAGGCUGGAAAUGGGCAAAGCUCGGAAGCUACGCGAAUGGAGCUCAGCCGCUCGCAUAGCUGAGGCGUUGCGCUGCGUGCAGCUGCUCGACGAACGCCACUGUCUCAAGCUCAUCCAGUCGCUACGCGCCGAUUUGAGGCUGCGCGCUACGUACCUGCGCUAUCUGGUCAGCAGCAAACAGGAGCUGCUUUUCACGGAAAUGUACCUCAAUACUCUGCAAGAUCAAAUCAAACACGAUCGCAUCCAAUGCGAGUUCUACUUUGCAUCGGUGUGCGUUCGCGAGUUCCUGAGCGAACAGGAGCCGCUGGUGAUGGCCUUUUGCGAUGAGUUUCGCCGUCUGAGUCUUGCCGAUGAAAAGUGCGACUUUUUGCAGAAUUUCUAUCUGCGGCUAUUUGAGAUCAUGAACGAGAACAAGCACUGGCAAGAUGUGCUGCAUAAGAGGGACUUUCUGGUCAAAGUCACUCUGGAAAGGUGCAUAAUGAGUCGCGUCUACUUCAACGCCAUCUACCCGAAUGGGGAUGGGGACCGGGAUAGAGACAGGGUUUUACACGAACACAUUGGGACACUGUCCAAAAGCCUGCGGCCCGAACACAAAGAUCUGCUGAUUCCUUCGGCCUUUUUGCGCGAAAGCCCCUGGCUGCCGGCGCAGGAGGCGCUCCGCGCCUUGGACGCAGCCCGAACUCCUCGCGACAAGUUGCGUUGCGUGUCGCGCUGCGCCAAGUGCUUGGUAGAUCUCCUCGGACUGUCUGGAUCUUGUGCAGCCGCCGAUGAUUUUACCCCAGUCCUGGUUUAUGUGAUAAUUAAGGUGAAUCCAGUAGCUCUUCUAUCAACGGUUCAGUUCGUCAACAGUUUCAACGCCGGGCAGAUUCGCGGCGAAGAUGAGUACUGGUGGACGCAGUUCUGUUCAGCUGUUGAGUACAUUAAAACCAUGGAUUAUUCCGAUUGACCCCAUUCGCAGUAGGGGUGAGUGUUCGUUUUGGAAUUUUAGCUUUCUAGAUGAUCAAAAAGACAGUGUGUUUAGCUACUUGAUUUGUGUUGUGUCGGAGUGCAGUUCCUAGCUAGAUUUUCGGUUAAUUUUGCGCAGCAAUCUAGAAUUUUGAAACGUGCACACUCUUAAGGAGAACGGAGACUUGCGGGUGUGUUCGGCGAACCCCCAGAUGGAAUUUAUGUAUUUUUAUUAACUUAGAAUAGAGCGCAUAUGAGUAUAUAUUUUAAAUAAAAAAUGUGUACAUUAUAGUAAGUUACAUGCAUUAAACAUGUUGCCUCGUUA